AUGAACAACAAUACGCUUAAGCCUAAGAAUAUUGUUGCUCCUAAAUAUGUAUAUAUGGAUGGAGAUAGAACAGAGAUUUAUGUCAUUUGCUUAUCAAUCGUUAAUGGUCUCUCAAUGGAUCAAAUUGAUCCAACAUUAUACCCACAGAUACAAGUAAAUCUAAAGCAGGAUCGCGAGAGAUACCAAGUUCAAGGAAACAAAAGUGCUGUUGAUCAAAUUAACAAAUCUUUAGCUUUUAUUUAUGAUUACAAUAUUGAGCAACAAAGAAAAGAUGAAAAAAUGAGAUACUUAAGCGAAAUUGCUUUUACAGAUGCUGACGUUCAGCAGUGUCUUCAGGAUGUAAUCGAAGGCAAAGAAGUUGAUUUGAGAACUCCUCAAUUUAGAAAAGCGUUAAUGCAGAAAUUUAGAACUGCAAAGUACGAAGCAAUACAAAAGACAGAUUAUGUACUUGCAGAUGCAAUUGAACGAGGUAUCAACGGUUUAAUUGUUUUUGAAAAUCAAGAAAAAGUUCUUAAAGCACAAGAAAGACUCUUAAAUCAGAAGAGCAAGCGCAUGCAAAGAGUGCAAAAUAGUAUUGAUCGUAAAGAAAAAUCAUGGGAUAUCGAGAUACAAAAUACAGAAAAUCAAAAGAACAGAGAGAUCGAUAACCUUAAGAAAUGCAAGGAACGAGAUCUCAAGAGGUUUGAAAGUGAAUGGGCAAAAUCCCCUAAACAGCCAUUUAGACCUUCAACUUAUUUAAUUGACGCAAAAAGAAAAGUCGAUUUUUACAAGAAUCUUGAGCGAUGCGAUGCUCUUGAUGAAGCUCUUAAAGCUGCAAAUGAUCUUGAGGCUAAAGAAAAGAAAGAUUACCAAGACCAUCUUGAUUUAGAGUAUAAUAGAAGAUGUGGCGAUAUUGAAAGCAAGUAUGAUAAUAGAAUAUCUGAAAAAGAAACGUUUUAUACAAAUACUCUUCAAAGAAUGCGUAAUCAGAAAGAAUCUGAUAUAAAUUCUCUCAAAAAAGGUCUUGCGUUCUUAGAAUCCAGACAUUUAAUGGGCGUUGAUGAGUCAAUGAUAGUUGUUGAAGAUAAAUCCUCUGAUGAAGAAGAUUCUUCUCAACUUCCCCCUUUAUCUCCAAAACCAAACACAAGUUCACAACCUUCUCCACCUAGAGAAGCUAGAACCACUCAGAGAUCACCACGAAGAACACCACAUACAGCUAGAACUCCAAGAUCUCCACGUUCACCAAGAAUUGCAAAUAAUGAACCAGAAUAUCAGCUCACAGAGAGCCGGGCAAAGUUUGUUCAGAGAAGAGCUUAUAAUUACCUUCUUUAUACAAGAGCUAACGUUAAAUCUCCAUCAAAAAGAGUUGUUGAUUAA